ACGAAUUCGACUAAAAGCUACUCUGUAAAAGGCUCUAUUCGCUGUUUAAAUAAAUAUGUUUUGCUUAUUUAAUGCUCUUUGAUAAUUUAAAAAAUGUGUUUUCUAAUAAAGUUAAAGAAAGUGCAAAGAAAUUUUAUAAUAUACUAAGUAUAAAGAUAAUAUACAUCGCUUAUCGAAGACACAGGGUAUUACAGGAAAAGCACUGCUCUGAAAAUGGAAGGUUAUUAAAAAUUUCGUUUGGGAGGUCCGGAACAUUGAAGAUGUCAGGAAGUUUGCGCCCCGGCAUCCCCAGACACAUUUGGCAGCUUUUACGCCAUGGCUCCCCAGACAACCUGCCGGCUACCUUGUAUAAAAACCCGGUGGUCAUAGCGGCUGCUGUGAGGACACCGAGCGCUCUAUUUCAGAGCGAGGAGCAGCGUUUGGUCGGUAUGGUGGUCGACCAAUUGGUCAAGAGGAGCACCGUGCCACAUGUUGAGUUUAAGAAGUUGUUUGUCUCUUCCUCCUCCAAACUACCUGCUGCUGAUUGUAGUGAACGUCUGUAUGAAAUAUCCAAAGAACUGGGUCUCAAGAACUGGGAGGUCCACGCCCUGCAAGAUGAUGCGUGCUCCAUAAAAGGGGUGCAGAUGACAUUGGAGAACUUGCUACACCAAGGCGACCAGUGCAUUAUAACUAGCGAUAUCCGAGGCCAGAUUGUGCAGCCAAAGCACGGGCUGCUGGCCAAUGAACUGAUGGAGGUUCAGCAACCGCCAAGGAGGUUAAGGGCGAGUCAGGAGGCUUCACCCACCCUAGGAGCCGCUGCCUUGGCCUGGACUACCCUGGACAACGCCCAGCGCCUGCAGCUGCAGCCCCUAGCAGUGGUUCGCGAGUUUACGAUGAAGCAGGACGAGGAGCAAGCAAUAUACCGAUUGCAUGACAAGGAUCCCAUUAAGCCCAGUGAGGUUUACAGUUGGAACUUGGUCACGGACGAUAGGAUGCCAAUUUCGGAGACCUUAUUCCGGGAUUUGUACACCAACCGCCUUUUCACGCACGAUUCAAAACAAAUCACGGCAAGCCACCUCCUUACCCACCUCGUGCACUCGUUGCCCACUGGAGAGCUGGGUUGUGUCUUUAUGGGAAUGCCAGACGGUCGUUUCUUGAGUAUGACUCUCGAAAAAAUAGCUCCCCAUAUCCCUCAGGAUGACGGAAAGCCCCUGUUAACAUUGUAUACACGAGAUCCUUGCUCCUUGUGCGACGAGUUAGUUGAUAGCUUGGAACAACAUUUCGCUGGCCAAUACCGACUUGAGAAAGUUUACAUCGAUCGCAAGGAAAAUGUGAGAUACCUGCGCCUCUUCCGGCACGACAUUCCGGUGCUCUUCAUUAAUGGACAGUUCUUGUGUAUGCACCGACUCAACAAGGAGGCGCUAAGGGAGUCUCUAAAGGCUCUACAUCGAAAGCACUGUUUCUCCCAAUGACAAAUUUAUAGAAAAAUUCUCAGUUGCAAAUAAUUUCAGGCUACAUAAAGCUAUCAUGUUUACACAGAA